GUGAAUUCUCAACUUCUGGCCCCGAACGGAAAAUGCACGGACGAUGGAACAGAGUGUGUGUUUGAUUUCGACGUGACGUAUAGAAAUACGAUGGUACUGUACAACGAUGACACAGGGAGCGGCGUUCCAGUGUACUACGAUGCAAAUAGCAGAACCUGGCGUAAAAGAGUAUUGACUCGGGACAACUGUGGCAAAAACGCACAAUUGACCCCUGAAGAAUUGGACAAAGUACUAACGGUUGAUGGGACAUAUGGUACAGCUAUUGCUGUUAAUAAUCAGAUGCCAGGACCACCCAUUAUUGUCUACAAGGACACAGAGGUUGUAGUUAACGUUGCAAACAAACUGUUAUUGGAAGGCAUAACCCUUCACUGGCAUGGUAUAACACAGAAGAAGACUUCGUGGAUGGACGGCGUUGGUAUGGUAUCACAAUGUCCCAUUAAUCCUGGAGAAACAUUUCAGUACAGGUUUAUAGCAGACAAAGUUGGAACUCAUUGGUAUCAUUCACAUUAUGGCACUCAACGAACCGAUGGCUUAUACGGAGCGUUUAUUGUCUUAGAUGUUGACGAUGACGAUGCCAGCAGUAUAAUAAGUGAUACAGGAAAUCCUACCAAAAGGAAUUCUCCCGAGGAGGAAAACGUUAACAAGGAAAAUAGAAUGGUGAGUUGAUAACAAUUGUUUUCUGUUCAACGCCUUGUUCGUACUUGACAAUUCAAUGCAUUCAUAAAUAUGCUAAACCUCAUUAAUCUCUG